UAUAGACUGAGGAUCUGGUCCUAAACCAUCAUCAACAUCAGAAGACAUCAUGGGGUCCAGCCCAUCAUCUUAUGCCCCUAAAACUCUUUAUCUGGAUGCAGAUGGAAAGGUUCAAAAGGUAAUUUUCAGUCGACACUGUAGCCCAUGUGACAUCAGAGAACUUCUUUGUUCAUCAUGCAGUAUUGCCAGAAACACUGCCAUACUUUUGGUUGACAUGGAAGGAGCACUGAUAUCUAUCGACCCUACCAUGCCUACAAACACUCCAAACAACUUGUAUAAGGUUGUGCCCCAUUGCACAAGCCAAGGAGGAGAGAAGGAAGACAUGUUUCAGAACGUUCUGUCACAAGUGGCUGAGCAAUUCAGCAGGGCCUUCAGGAUUAAUGGGCUGAAGAUGGAGGUGACCACGAGAUUGGCCAAGCUGGAGAGGAGAGUGGAAUUGGAGGGGCUGAAAGUUGUGGAGAUUGAGAAGUGUAAAAAUGAUCUGAAGAAACUAAGUGAUGAAAUUUCUUCUAGAGCAAGAGUGAGAGUGAACUGCAACUGCAAAUACAACUUUACCGAUGAUGAUAAAAAACAGUCUCCCAGGCGAGAUGUUCCAAGCUACCCAAAGUACACACUUUCUCAGGAAACUAUAGAGGCUCUGAAAAAGCCCACCUUUGAUGUUUGGCAUUGGGAACACAAUGAGAUGCUUAGCUGUUUGGAGUAUAUGUAUCAUGACCUUGGACUGGUUAAGGAGUUCAACAUUAACCCCAUAACUCUCAAAAGAUGGCUGCUGGGAAUUCAAGAAAAUUACCGCAACAACCCUUUCCACAACUUCCGCCAUUGCUUCUGUGUAAGCCAGAUGAUGUACGGAAUGAUUCAUUUGUGUAACCUUCAGGAGAGGCUGACUGUGACAGACAUGUGUGUUCUGAUGACUGCAGCAGUGUGUCAUGACCUGGAUCACCCGGGAUACAACAACACGUACCAGAUCAAUGCUCGCACUAACCUGGCAGUGCGCUAUAAUGACAUCUCUCCACUGGAGAACCAUCAUUGUGCUGUGGCCUUCCAGAUCCUCUCAAUGCCCGAGUGCAACAUAUUCGCCAACGUAGAGCCAGACACCUUCAAACAGAUACGACAGGCAAUUAUUACUCUUAUUUUGGCGACGGAUAUGGCCAGACAUGGAGAGAUACUGGACUCCUUCAAACAGAGAGUGGACAACUUUGACUUUACCAAUGAGGAGCAUGUCAAAUGUCUGAAGAUGGUCUUGAUCAAGUGUUGUGACAUCUCCAAUGAGGUCAGACCUACUGAUGUGGCAGAGCCAUGGGUGGACUGUCUACUGGAGGAGUACUUUAUGCAGAGUGAUCAAGAAAAGUCGGAAGGUCUUCCUGUUGCUCCAUUUAUGGAUCGUGACAAAGUCACCAAACCAACGGCACAGAUUGGCUUCAUUAAAUUCAUCCUCAUCCCAAUGUUUGAGACUGUCAUGAAGCUCUUUCCUCAGAUCGAGGAGAUCAUGGUUCAGCCUUUGAGGGACUCUCGUGAUCAUUAUGAAGAGCUAAAGCAGAUGGAUGAUGCCAUGUCAGAGGUAAAAAAGAAAACAGAGAGCAUGUCUUUAGGUGGAAAGAAGAAAUAGACAACAUGCUUCAUUUAUGAAUCUCAGGCUGGUCCAGCACCCAGUUUCCUGAAACUGAGGACUAGAGCUGUUUGGGCUCUCCAAGCACCCUGUUUUGAAGGAGAGUUUUGGACCCCUUCUGUGUACUGAGGCUUGAAGAACAUCCAGAAGAGGAGAACACCGGUAGUCAGGAGAGGGGUCAAGAUAACAGACUGUUUCUUUUGGUGGUCUAAUUGUUCUUCACAGAUAUGUUUGCGGCAUUGAAAUGGAGUGCUUGGCCCUCUUUUUUUUUUGUUUUUUUUUUUGUUUUUUUGGUCAAAGGCUAGACUCCAAUAAACAGUUAAUAGUGGCAUUAUGACAUACUGUUUUAUACAUUUUUAUUUAUUGUUUUUAACUUAGUAUUGAGUGAGCUUUGCAGAAACUGAUUUUUCCAAAGUGCUGUUUAAUUGCAUUCUAAACAAUUGCAUUAGCAUUCAGCAGUUAUUGAUCGAAUGUACUAAAAUGUCAUAAGUAAUUAAUUCAGAAAACAUAUUACCAUGAGAAGAAAUCAAUAACAUUAAUCUUGAAAUAUUUUAAAGUUGAUAUUGUGAUGUAUGAUAUUUGAGAAGAAUGUGAGAGUUAUCAGCUUUUCAAGCCAUAAAAAAUGUAUAUCUGGAUGAGAAUAUUUAAAAGAAAUGGUUAUUGCCCACUGAUAUAUAUCAAUGUUAUUGCCUAAUUUAAUGCUAAAAUACCCUUGUCCUGAGAACACAUAUCAGUCUUUCAGUUAAAAUCAACCUUUUUUACAUUGUUGACCCCCAUCAUAAAGUAUGCCAGUGUGGUUUUAUUGUGUUCACUUGUUUGUCCAAUUGCAAUUACAAAAUAUGAUGAUACUGGAGUAUUUCACCAAAAAAUUCUAAUUUAAGACCAGAAUACAAAACCACUGCUCACUGUAAACCCUGAUGUUGUCAUUACUGGUCAAAUUAUAUUGUCUUAACUAAAAAUUACUUAAAAUGUCAAGUUUUGGGCUCAUAACUCAAAUAUCUAAGUUCCUUUAACUUAUUUUUCUUAAAAAUCCAUAGACUUAGGAUUUUACUAAAUUGAGGCUGUAGGGAACAACCAUAAUCCCUUGUGCUUGAACAAUUUAAUUAUGUUUCCUUGGUCAAAGGGAACUUAUGGAAACAUUUAAAUAUUAUAAAGACUUCAUUGAGGUUUUAGCUCUUUUGCAGUAUUAUUUAUGUUAUUUUGUUGUAACUGGUUGUUUCAUGUAAUGUCACCAUCUGUGUCCCUUUUGGUCAAGUUGGACCCUGUUAACACUAUCUCAGUUUUUCUUGUACAUGUGCAACUGAAGAACAGGUGUCUAUGCAUUUCAGUGGAGAAAUAAAUUAAUUUGAUGA